UCAUUUCCGUCCGCCGAGGAACAGAGAUAGCAGCCGGCGGAGUUGCGGGCAGAGAGCCUCGGCGGGAGUUCCCUGGUCGCAAGUGGCAAGUGAGCCACGGUCAGGCACGGCUGGUGCCAGGGAUGGCCGAGGUGGAGGCCCAGGGCCGCCUGUGGCUGGAGAGUCCCCCUGGGGGCGCGCCCCCCAUCUUCCUGCCCUCGGACGGGCAAGUCCUUGUCCUGGGCCGGGGACCCUUGACCCAGGUUACGGACCGGAAGUGCUCCAGAAACCAAGUGGAGCUGGUCGCAGAUCCCGGGACCAAGACCGUGGCAGUGAAACAGCUGGGAAUUAACCCCUCAACUGCUGGGACCCAGGAGCUGACUCCUGGGUCAGAAGGUUCUCUGAGGGUGGGGGACACACUGUAUUUGGUCAACGGCCUCCACCCACUAACGCUGCGCUGGGAAGAGGUCUGCACGCCUGAAUCCCAGCAAGACACUCCGCCCGGCACCCCUCCGGUGGCUCCAGACGUGGCAGAGGAUGUUGAGCCGCAGAAAAAGCGGAUGCGGAAGUCAUCCCCCGGCUGGGAGAAGUUCGAGAAGCUGCUAGUGUUUACUGCUCCUGGGGUGAAGCCCCGCAGCAAGGUGGCCGGCUUUGAUCUGGAUGGGACCCUCAUCACCACACGCUCUGGGAAGGUCUUUCCCACUGGCCCCAGCGACUGGAGGAUCUUGUACCUUGAGAUUCCGCGUAAGCUCCGGGAACUGGAUGCUGAGGGCUACAAGCUGGUGAUCUUCACCAACCAGAUGGCCAUUGGGCGCGGGAAGCUGCCGGCAGAGGAGUUCAAGGCCAAGGUGGAGGCUGUGGUGGAGAAGCUGGGGCUCCCCUUUCAGGUGCUGGUGGCCACGCACGCCGGCUUGUACCGGAAGCCGGUGAUCGGCAUGUGGGACCAUCUGCGGGAGCAGGCCAACGAGGGUGUGCCCAUCUCCAUCGGGGACAGUGUCUUCGUGGGAGGGGGGUGUGUCUUCUGUGUUCCAGACGCAGCUGGACGCCCAGCCAACUGGGCCCCUGGGCGGAAGAAGAAAGACUUCUCUUGUGCAGACCGUCUGUUUGCGCUCAACCUCGGCCUGCCCUUCGCCACACCAGAGGAGUUCUUUCUGAAGUGGCCCGUCGCCAGCUUCGUGCUCCCCACCUUUGACCCGAGAACUGUCUCUCCCUCGGGGCCGCUCUACCUCCCUGAGUCCAGCUCCCUCUUGAGCUCCGACCCUGAAGUGGUGGUCGCCGUGGGAUUUCCUGGGGCUGGCAAGUCCACCUUCCUCCAGGAGCACCUCGUGUCGGCGGGCUACGUCCACGUGAACAGGGACACGCUGGGCUCGUGGCAGCGCUGUGUGACCACGUGCGAGACCGCUCUAAAGCAAAGGAAACGGGUCGUGAUCGACAACACCAACCCAGACCCUCCGAGCCGGGCCAGGUACAUUAAGUGUGCCCGGGACGCGGGGGUCCCCUGCCGCUGCUUCCUCUUCACGGCCACCCUGGAGCAGGCACGCCACAACAACCGGUUCCGGGAGAUGACAGGCUCCUCUCACGCCCCCGUGUCCGACGUGGUCAUGUACGGCUACAGGAAGCAGUUCGAGGCCCCGACUCUGGCGGAAGGAUUCUCAGCGAUCCUGGAAAUCCCGUUCCGGCUGAAUCUGGAGCCUCCGCUCGAGCGGUUGUACUGCCAGUUCUCGGAGGGCUGAGCGACCCCCACCCCCCCCACCCCCCCCAAUAAAUUCUGGUUUUCUUUAAGCUUGGGCAGCACUGUGCUGGGAAGAAGGGUGGUCUGCCAGGGGAGGACAGGCCCCCUGGCCAGGCCCCAGGCAGGGCCUCAAGGCCUGGGACUCCGUGGGCUGCGCACUCGCCGGCAGAGGGUGGUAACCAUGGCUGUGGGCACCCUCGAUAGAAGCUGGGGAACCCCCCAAGGGCAGGACCCCAAAGGAAUGGGGGGGGGCCUCUUCCCGGCCUGUGGCUGCCCAGCCGCAAAGCCAACCAAGGAGCACGAGUGAUGGGACCCUGAGGAUGAGAGCUGGAUCCCGCGUUUGGUGAGAAACUGCAGCCUACACUUGAUGGGGGGGGGGGGGGGGUCCCAGGUAGUGUUUGCUGCCAGCCGAGUGCGGCCUGUUGAAUCCAGAGGGACAGAGGAGCGCCGCCCAGGGAGGACAGGCCACCAGCCACGGCCCACUGGGGACGGAGCAGCCACUGAAGACAGAGGCAGCUCCACAAAGGUGCCCGUGAGCUCAGAAGUGGCCUCCCUCGGAAAUCUGUGAGAAACGCACGUUCCCGGUCCCCACCGCUGAAGGACUCAGACCUGGGGCUGGGCUCGUCUCUCCCCCCCCCCC